GACGGCAGUGGGAGGUGCUGUUGAGUAACAAGGUGGGGCUUUCUCGCACAGUUUUUUGAAGCAACAAGUUGGCCAGGCAGGCUCCAUCGUGUUACCAGCGGCAGGUGGUCACCGCGCGUCCAGCACUGAACCGCAGCCUGUGAAUGGGAUUAUAACAUGUUUUGACUUCAGAGCCUUACACACCUACCGGGUUGAAAUGGACGGAGUAGAAUAACUGCUCCGAAGUAGCUCAGUUCCCCCCCUUUUUUUCCUUUUUCUUUUCUCAAGGACGCUGAAAGCGAAGACUGUAAAUUAGUAGAUUAAGCGUUUUGUUUUUGACGGACUGCGCGUCUCUGCGUGCGUAAUGCUCUCUGUGUAGAUAUCCAAGCCUACUGUUAAAAUUAAUUUCAUUUUUUGAAAUAUUCAAGUUGGAUGUUGUUGAAUUGUAAACAAUAAUGGCACUCGCAAGAUUCAGCAAAAUCCUCCGUCUGCCCACUCUUGAAAUCAAGAAGAAAGUUAAGCAGUACGAGCACGUCCACAGGGACAUCAAUCCAAACGACCUGUGGGAAAUUAUUGGAGAGCUGGGCGAUGGUGCGUUUGGAAAGGUCUACAAGGCCCGGAACAAAGAGACAGGAGUCCUGGCUGCAGCCAAAGUGAUUGAGACCAAAUGUGAGGACGAGUUGGAGGACUACAUGGUGGAGAUCGACAUCCUGGCUAAAUGUGACCACCGCUACAUUGUCAAGCUGCUUGACGCAUUUUACCAUGACAACAACCUGUGGAUCAUGAUCGAGUUCUGCCCUGGAGGUGCUGUGGAUGCCACAAUGCUAGAGUUGGAUCGUGGACUGACAGAGCCGCAGAUUAAGGUGGUUUGUCGCCAGAUGUUGGAGGCUCUGGACUACCUCCACAGCAUGAAGAUCAUCCACAGAGACCUGAAGGCCGGCAAUAUUCUCCUCAUGCUGGACGGGGACAUCAAGCUCGCUGAUUUUGGCGUGUCUGCAAAAAACACCAAAACCCUACAAAGAAGAGACUCUUUCAUUGGAACACCAUACUGGAUGGCCCCAGAGGUGGUGAUGUGCGAGACAAUGAAGGACGCUCCGUACGACUACAAGGCUGACAUCUGGUCCCUGGGAAUCACCCUGAUUGAGCUCGCCCAGAUUGAACCCCCGCACCAUGAGCUCAACCCCAUGAGGGUGCUGCUGAAGAUCGCCAAGUCAGAGCCUCCCACCCUGGAGCAGCCUCACAAAUGGUCGCAGGAGUUUAAAGAUUUCCUGAGGAAAAGUCUGGAUAAGAACCCCGAGACUCGUCCAACCGCAGCGCAACUCAUGGAGCACCCUUUUGUGAGGUCGGUGACGUCCAACCGUCCACUGCGGGAGCUGGUGGCCGAGGCCAAGGCUGAGGUCAUGGAGGAAAUAGAAGACAAUAGGGAGGAAGGAGAGGAGGACGACGCCAUGGAGCUCACUGUGUCUCCAGGCAAGGAGCCAUGCCAGACCAGUCAGACCAGUUUGGAAGGGGACCAGUCUCUGGACACCCCGAGCCCCACCACGCCCUCCCCGACAACACCCUCCCCGACCACACCAAUACCUAUACCCAGGAAGGGGGCAGAGUCAGAUACACCAACGGAGGAGCAGCCAGGUCCCAUCAUGGUGGCCCCUGUUCCCCUGCCAAGGCAUAAUCUCCCUCCAAAAAAUACAGAGGAGUUGGGUGACAAACUUGCUGAAGAAGUCAUUCUUGAGUCUGAAAAAUCUGAGAGCGAGGCAUCGACCAAGACGUCCAGCUCUGACUCAGGCAUUGAGGAUGGAAAGAGUACCCCCACAUCGGAGGAGGAAAAGGGUGCUGUGGAGACCCCAGAGAUGGAGCAGCCACCAUCUCUCUCCCAGCCUGAGGCAUCUGAGGAGCAUGUUGACAUCAUCAUAGACUCAACAGACCCAGAGAAGCCCAAGAUCCAGGUGGAGGAGGAGGAGGAGGAGGACGAUGAGGAGAGGAGCAAAGUUAUGUCUAACAGAGACGUACCAACUCCGAGCUCAAGUCCAACUGUGACUCCCACACCCACUCCCGCCUCCUCCUGUGUUCCUACCCCAGUGCCCACACCCUGCUCUGGGCUGAACGACAGCGUAACCAAGGACACUCCAGAGCGGACAUCGAUCGGAGGAAAUGCUGAGACUGUUUCACCUUAUAUCAAUGGCGGGAUUAUCAACAAACGUUACUCUUACUCAGGCAGCAUGGUGUCUGAGAGCAUGGACAUGUCAAUCCAUAAGGGGAACAUCUCAAUGUCUGCAAGGGACUUCUCAAGUAAGACUCUGAAGCGAACCAGGAAGUUUGUUAUCGAUGGAGUGGAGGUGAGUGUGACCACCUCCAAGAUCAUCAGGGAUGAUGAGAAGAAAGAUGAGGAGAUGAGAUUCCUGAGACGUCAGGAGCUGCGGGAGCUCCGUUUGCUGCAGAAGGAAGAGCACCGUGCGCAGGCUGUUCUAAAUGCCAAACUGGAGACACAGAGAGAACAAAUGCAGAGACGUUUUGACCAGGAGAUGAAUGCCAAGAAGAAGCACUAUGACACAGAGCUGGAGAACCUGGAGAAGCAUCAGAAGCAGUGUAUUGAGAAGAUGGAAGGAGACCACAAUGUUAAACUCAAAGACGAGAACAAGCGCAUCAAAGCAGAGCAGGAACGAGAAUACCACAGGUUUCAAGAUCAGAUAAAACACAGGAAAAAAGAGGUAAAACAAUCUGUUGAUAAACUGCCCAGGAGUCAGCGUAAAGAAUCCUUGAAACAGAAGAUGAACGCCUUCCAAGAAAUGAAGACUAGAGAGGAGGAAAAAUUCUUGGCGACUCAGAAGAACUACCUGGACACAACGCUGAAAAAGAUUAUCUAUAACAACAAGAGAGAGAUUGCAGAAAUGGAGAGGGAAUGCCUUAACAAGAAGCAUCACCUAAUCAGAGAGCGCGAAGCUACAAUAUGGGACAUGGAAGAGAAGAAUCUUUACGAGAGACAUCAGUUAUUGAAGCAGCAGCUGAAAGAUCAGUACUUCCUCCAGAGGCAUCAGCUUCUCAAGAAACAUGAGAAGGAGCAGGAGCAGAUGCAGUGCUACAAUCAGCGAAUGAUUGAGAUUCUGAAAGCUCGGCAGCAGCAGGAAAAGAGCCGGCUGCCUAAGAUCCAGCGUAGCGAAGCCAAGACCCGCAUGGCCAUGUUCAAGAAGAGCCUCCGCAUCAAUUCAACGGGUAGCGCCUCAGAGGAUAGAGAGAAGAUCAAACAGUUCUCACAGCAAGAGGAGAAGCGGCAGAAGGCAGAGAGGCUGCAUCAGCAGCAGAAACAUGAGAACCAGAUGAGAGAGAUGGUUGGUCAGUGUGAAAGCAAUAUCCGAGAGCUGCAGCAGCUACAGAAUGAAAAAUGCCACCUGUUGGUUGAGAAUGAGACCCAGAGGCUCAAGCAGUUGGAUGACCAACACAACCAGGUUAUGAAGGAAUGGAGGGAUCAGCUGAAACCCAGAAAGAAGGCCCUUGAGGAGGAACUAAACAUGAAGAAAAGGGAGCAGGAGGCUUUCUUCAGGAUGAGUGAGAGCUCUGAUUGCCCAAAUCCCAGUUCUCCCAACAAACUCUCCAAGUUUGUACCUUACCAAGACUCAUCCACCACAUGAAAGCAGCUGCUGUGAUAUCACAUCAUCUCCUGGUCUACACUUUACACACAUACACACUUUCACCCAUACACCCUCUGACAUAAUUGUCUGCUGCCUUAAUUUGCUUUGCUAGUAAUGGCAGCAUACCUAUCCCUCCAUUAGGUUCCUUUAUUGUUUUAGUGAAUAUUUAUGUUUUAAUUCAUUUUUCUUUGAAAGUGUUGUAGUAUCUGAUUGACUUAAAACUAAUCAUGUGAUUCAUGACUAAGUUACUUAGUAUCUGCUUCCAUACAGUAUUUUGAUUUCCUUCCUGUGUCUGCUUGUUAUAGUUCACCAGUGAAACAUGAGGAUAAUGGUGGCUGUUAGUUUGGGUGAGCUGAAACCAACCAAAACUAAUAAUAAGUCUUAACAAGUAAAUAUUUAGGAAAAAAUCUUUUUGGUUGGGUAGUAGUAGUUUGUUGUCCUAAGUGCCCAGCAAUGGAAUUUGUUUUUGCAUGAGAAGGAGGAAUGUUUGCUUCUUUAAAAGCUGGUGAGCCAGGUACUAAGCACUUUUUGUUUACCCCAAAUUAUCAGUCCUGUCUUCCAAAUAUGACCAGAACAUGCCCUAAAAAUUAAUGAUUCUCUGACUCUUCUUCAUUUCUCUGUCUUGGCUUAUUCGCCUGUUUUUCCAAAUGAGAUGCAUGUGUGAUAUAGCUGCCAAAGUCUGCCUGUAUUUAUUUUUACUGUCAAAGAAAAACCUUAUCCAGAUUUAUCAUUGUAAAUGCUAAUUUAAAUAUUUUUUUUUCUCUCUCUCUCUCCUUUUUAACCAGCACCCAUGGUAUGAAGGAUUAGCUGAUUAUUUUGUAUCUUGUUUAAACUGGGGGAUGAGGCUAAAUCCAAAGUUAUCAGAAUUUAUAAUUUCUUUUAAAUGAUUAUUUAGGAAUGAGGAAUUGUUUUAACAGACAAGGGAAGAUUAAUUGUUGUUCACAGUGUUGUAAGAAAGACAUUUAUUAUUUUUCUGUUGUAUUUUUUUUACUGUAAAAUCAGUCACACUGGAUGGGAACUGACAAAGCCAAAGCAAAAAUACUGUUAUGUUCUUUGAAGGAUGUUGAACAGGGGAUUUAAAUCUAAAUUUAAAAAAGGUAUUAAGUGUAUAAUUGUUAUACCGUGUGCAGUCUGAUAACCAAAGUGCAAUAUUACAUGUAUGUCUUUGCUAACCUUAAAGAGGUUUUUUUUUUCUUUUAAAUUUGCCUUUCUUUGCACUGAGAGGGAGAAUAAUAUGAAGAGUUCAACCAAAAAUGGAUGUAUCAGCUUUUUGAAUUAAACAACAUUGCUUAAAAUGAUUUAAUCUUCAUAAGUUUUAGUAGUGCUUGGCAAGCAAUAAUUUGGGGUUAUCUACUUUUCAAAUAAUGUUCUGAUCUUGGAAUAUAACUCUUUAUGUAAUUUUUAAGGGAGAGCACCAAUUCAGUCUGCUGUAAGAUGCCUCUAGAUGUUUAAUUUUCAACUGAAAAUGUUUGCAGCUGAGGAAUGUGUUGCCUUGUUUAAGUGAGAGAAUGUGUUUUUUUUUUUUUUUUUUUUUUUUUUUAGUAGUUUGGCCUUAAGAAACACUGAAUCAGGUCAGCAGUCAGGUACAACUUAAUCUCUCUUUCCCUCUCACUCACUGUCUCAGAAGUAUUUAAAAUAUAUAUAUAUAUGAAUUUUCUUUUCUGUCAUGUUUAAUAGUUCCAUCUACAUCUUCCUCUCUGCCUCAGUUUACAUAACAUUGUUUGUAUGGAAGGGUUGUGAGUGUGGAUGAGACUGUAUCAGAAGGAACCACUACUGUAAAUAACUCUCAAUAAAUGCAGAUUUUCUAAUGA